GUGAUACGACAGACAUUGCUGUACUAUCUGGGAAUCUAUGAUGAGGCUGCUUCUUAGAAGCCAAUCUGUAGGAUUCGUAAAAAAACUUAUAGAAUCAACAUUCAUGGUGAUGCAGAGAUUGGCCACAUGAUGAUCAGGAAUAAUGGUAUAUUCAUCUUCAUUGUUGAUUAUAAGUUGAUCCCACUGUGUAGGAGAAUAUUGGUGGCAGUCAGCUAGGCACUGCAAAUCAAGUGGGAACUAUAAACUUCCACUUGGAAUUGUUGCAGAUUCGGGCAAAACGGGUACAUGCUGAUCUGACUGAAUUUGAGACGAUUGCAAAUAAGCUAGAAGUAAAGUUUGCACAUGUGGUACUGUUGUAGAGUCAUGCAAGCAAGUUUGUGCUGUUAAUAUCGAAUGAACCCCACCUACAUUUAUCCACUGAUGGAUUUUACCUAUUUCAAAGUUGGAAAGUUACGACCAAAAAUACAGUUGUAUACCUAGACAGUGGCGAGACUCUUAUGAUUGUCAGAGCAAGCAAUGAGCGUGGUCUAGUGGGGUGGUUGAUCAAGAGUUUGCAGCAGACGUUGCCAUAGCCAAGUGGCAUUUCAUACCUCACCUUCAAAAAUCAAAACCGAACAGUUUCAGAGCAGCCAAAGUUUGUGUUUCCUAUACCUUGUUUUACUCCUACACUCUCCAUCUGACCAAAGCUAGCUAAGCUCUCCGAAAACAAAUUAAUGGGUUUGGGAAGCGAGGUGAAAACGUCGUCGUUCAUGAGCGAUUUUCUGGAGAAGUGCGGUGGCUGUGCCCUUCUGGACGGCGGGUUUGCGACGGAGCUGGAACGGCAUGGAGCUGAUCUCAACGAUCCUCUCAGGAGCGCCAAAUGCCUCGUCAGUUCUCCUCACCUCGUCCGAAGGGUACAUUUGGACUACCUUGAUGCUGGAGCAAACAUCAUAAUAACCGCAUCUUAUCAGGCCACAAUUCAGGGUUUUGAGGCCAAAGGUUUCUCUAAAGAAGAAGCCAAAGCCCUGCUCAGGAAAAGUGUAGAAAUUGCAAUGGAGGCACGAGAAAUUUACUAUGACAAAUGCACCAAAGGUUCUUGGGAUUUUGUGGACGCAGGAAAGCCUUCAAGACAUCCAGUUCUAGUUGCAGCAUCUGUGGGAAGCUAUGGAGCCUAUUUGGCUGAUGGUUCCAAGUAUAGUGGUAAUUACGGCGAUGCAGUGACUCUAGAAACAUUGAAAGAUUUCCAUAGGGAAAGGGUUCUGAUUCUAGCCAACUCUGGUGCUGAUCUAAUUGCAUUUGAGACAACACCAAAUAAGCUAGAGGCAAAGGCAUAUGCUGAACUUCUUGAGGAAGAAGCAAUAGAUAUUCCAGCAUGGUUUACUUUUGCUUCUAAAGAUGGAAUUAAUGUGGUGAGUGGUGAUUCCAUCUUUGAGUGUGCCUCUAUUGCUAAUGCAUGCAAGCAAGUUGUUGCUGUUGGAAUCAACUGCACACCACCUAGAUUUAUCCAGAGGUUGAUUUCAUAUGUAACUUAGCGAUCUUUGGUCAAU